CUCCACCUCUAGCCAUCACCUCGUGUUUCACUAGCAAACAAAGAAAAAAGUGCAUUUAAUUACUGAUUACUGCAUUGCGAUUAGGCGUUCGCGAACAACUGCGUUUUUCUGCGGAUCAGCGAAACUAAAGGGCGCGCGUGGGCAGGGCAUCGAUCGCAGUCUCUGUGUGAGCGGGUGUGAGUGCGUGGUGCGUGCGUCGCAGUGUGUGUGUGUAUUUGUAUUGCCAUUAACUAAUAAACAAUAACCUUCGGGCCACGAAAGCUGCGAAGUCUGCUGUCCAUCUGAACCAGCUGAAAGAGCAGACUAACAGCUAGACUAAAGACUAAAAUAAAACGCUUCCGCCCCGAGCGGACCAGCGGCGAUCCACAGGCCCCACAUAUCCAUACCCACAUCCAUCCACACGCACACACACAAUGGCGGACGUGAGCGAUCCCAGCGAGCUCUUCGACCUGGAACUCCAUGACCUGGAGCUGCAGGACGACAAGGCCCACGACUCCGACGACGACAGGAUCGAGCUGGACGACGUUGACCUAGAACCGGAAUUGAGCAAUCUGCACCAAGACACUGAGGGCCAGGAGACCAUACAGCUCUGCGAGGAGAAUGUCAAUCCGGGCAAAAUCAAGCUGGGACCCAAGGACUUUGAGCUCAAGAAGGUCCUCGGCAAAGGUGGUUACGGCAAAGUAUUUCAGGUGCGCAAGACCGCUGGACGAGAUGCCAACAAAUAUUUUGCCAUGAAGGUGCUCAAAAAGGCAUCCAUAGUGACCAAUCAAAAGGACACAGCGCACACUCGCGCCGAGCGCAAUAUACUCGAGGCAGUAAAGCAUCCCUUCAUAGUGGAACUGGUCUACGCUUUCCAGACGGACGGAAAACUAUACCUUAUACUUGAAUAUCUGAGCGGCGGCGAGCUGUUUAUGCAUUUGGAACGCGAGGGCAUCUUCUUGGAGGAUACCACAUGCUUCUAUCUAAGCGAAAUCAUUUUGGCCUUGGGCCAUCUACACAAACUGGGCAUCAUUUAUCGCGAUCUGAAGCCCGAGAACAUAUUGCUCGAUGCACAAGGACACGUGAAGCUCACAGACUUCGGCCUGUGCAAGGAGCACAUACAAGAGGGUAUUGUCACCCACACCUUCUGCGGCACAAUUGAGUACAUGGCACCUGAAAUCUUGACCAGAAGUGGCCAUGGCAAAGCAGUCGACUGGUGGUCACUGGGCGCUCUCAUGUUCGACAUGCUCACAGGAGUCCCACCCUUCACCGCCGAGAAUCGCAAGAAGACCAUCGAGACCAUUCUGAAAGCCAAGCUCAAUCUGCCAGCCUACCUCACACCCGAAGCCAGGGAUCUAGUGCGUCGCCUGAUGAAGCGCCAAGAGCCCCAGCGACUUGGCAGUGGGCCCGAGGAUGCGGCGGCUGUCCAAAUACACCCGUUCUUCAAGCACGUCAACUGGGACGAUGUGCUCGCCAGACGCCUCGAACCUCCUAUAAAACCUCUCUUGAGAAGCGAGGAUGAUGUCUCACAGUUCGAUACGAGAUUUACAAGACAAAUUCCAGUGGAUUCACCGGAUGAUACGACGCUCAGCGAAAGUGCCAAUUUAAUUUUCCAAGGUUUCACCUACGUAGCGCCCUCGAUACUGGAGGACAUGCAUCGAGCCAACCGGAUGCCGGCCCGCUCCCCGCGACGUGCUCCUCGCCAGCUGCCGGAUAGCAGCUUCCGGCUACAGUUCCCGUCGGCCAACGUGGGAGCCAAUGCCCCGAUGGCCAUGCACGGCCAUCCGCAGCGAUCGGGAAUGUUUGCCCGGGCCACGCCGCCGCAUCAUAUGCAGACAUUCGCGCCACGCCCCUCGCCGGCGCAGGACGAGAUGAUGGACGUGCAGCAGGGUCUGCCGAUGGUCUAAGGGCUGGAGCGGUCGCUCCCCAACCAUCCCAUCCCGUCCCAUCCCACCACCACCCCGCUUCCUGCCCAAAAAGAAAAAAAAAAACAAAAAAACGAGAAAUUGACAGUUACUAUUAUGACGUAUGUGGAGUGUGGACUUGGUUAAGGAUUCGGAAUGAGCAGGACGAGCACCAAGAGGCGAUGGCGGAGCAGCAGGAGGAGCACAUGCCCUCAGCGUGCAAGUUGUUUUUGUUAAAGAGAGGCGCGCACGGAUCGUGCUGUUGAAUGAUUAUGAUUAUGAUAAUGAUGAGAGUGCCGAGGCAGAUUAUGAAGAUGAUUGUGCUACGCCCAGGAGAGCGUUCGUUUUUGGAUACACCUAGAUACUAAAGU